AUGAUGCCGCAGAGCGCUGAGCUUCAGGUCCAGUUAGGAGUGGCCCGGGGGGCCAUGCACCACCUUGACUCCGUCCGCUGUGGCUUGCGGAUGGAGCAGCGGGAGCAGCUGGGCAGGCUGGUGCUGUUCUCUGGCUACUUGAGGGCUGAGCGGCCCGGCCAGCAGGGACUUAGACCCAGAAGCUGCAGCCUUGGAGGGACCGUGCUGGUUGCCGGGGCUGUUAACCUCACUGGUGGGGUCCUCGCCAUCGGGACCACCUGCCAGUCCCUGCGCUGGAAGGCCUCCCCAGGCUCCCAUCGGGAGGGAGUGCGCUGCUCGCUGGGGCUGUUAACCUCACUGGUGGGGUCCUUCCCGCGGGACCACCUGCCAGCCUGCAGCCUGCUCCAGAAGACCUCCCCAAGCUCCCAUCAGGAGGUGUUUCCACACUGUCAGCAAAGCCUUGCGCCCUCGGCCUGUGCUGAGAGCUGA